AUGUUGCGCGUAUCAAUGAUGGCUUCUGGGGCAGAGAUAGUGGCGCUGUCCCCUGAAGAAUUUGAGAGGCUCGUGGCAGCAAGGGGAUGCACCACAAGAGCCUUGAAAGAGCAUUUAGAGCUCUUGGUUAGCAAGCCGCGAUUUAGGCAGAAGCUGCUGAAGGAAGGAACGGUCCUGGAGGAUGAUACUGAGCUGAGUGCUUCCAUGCACUUGGAGCUUGUUCUCUUGGCAUAUAGUGCUCCCAGCGCGGAGUGCUUGGAGUCUUUCUCCGCAGCAGUAGCAGUUGACAAUUCACAGGCCGUGGAGGGCUUUCUGCAGAAACCUUUGGACCCGGAUACCUACUUGAAGGCAAGGGGACACCUGGAAAUGACCCGCUGGCUAUUGGAUUGCAAGGCAGAGGUCAUGAAGACGGCGGGGGAUGGAGUUACCGCCAUACAUCUUGCCUCUGUUCACGGGCAUCUGGAAAUUGUAAAGUGCUUGGUUGCAGCUGGCGCUGACAAGAACGCAGUUGCAGACCAAGGGCAGACAGCACUUCUGGCAGCUAGUUCAUUUGGGCAUGUCGAGCUGGCGCGCUGGCUGCUCAAUACAGGGGCCAAUGCUGCUUGCACCGCUGGAGAAGAGGGUGCAACACCGCUACACCUGGCAUGCUUGGCGGGGCGGACGCAGAUCAUACGGCUUCUCUGUGAGGUCGAUGGCAUGGUAAAUAGCACUGCUGAGCAAGGCGUGACGCCCCUACACCUUGCUAGCGGCAGCGGUAACGUCGACAUGGUGCGUGCGCUGAUGGAGUGCAGGGCGGACGUAAACAAGCUGGCGCAGCCGGGUGGAACUGCCCUCAUGAUCGCUAAAGAGGCCGCCUGGACCCUUCUCUUACCCUCUGUUAGGGCCUAA